UCUGCUGCUGAAUGAAGAAGAGAGGAGGGAGCACCGCUUUGAAUUCACAUGGCAAUUUACAUUUAGCUUAGGACACCCGUACGCCACACUAAUGCGAAAUGUGUGUGUGUGUGCGCGCGCGCGUGUGUGUGUGUAUGUGUGUGUGGUGGGGGGGCCGUGUCUGCUGUUUGCUGCUGCUGCUGCUACCGGGGAACGGGCUACCGCUCUGAUUUAACUUUGAAAGCCAACAACAAGCAGAGAGAGAGAGAGAGGGGGGGAAACGUGGAGUCGCCUCAAGUAGGUUAAGGUAACAACUUUGACUGAAGACCUAAAAAUAAGAAGAUUUUUGGAUAGUUGGACGGCACCCAGACUGGAGUUGAUCAGAAUCAAAGCUGUCAUGGCAUGUUGUUAAGCAGAAGAGGUGCUGCAGCUCCGGACCGAACAUAACCGAUGCUUCUCCCAGCGGCGGACCUUUUCAAACACAAGGCAAAAAAGCUGAACCUUUUCUACUCUGACAAUCGAGGACCUGUGAGGACUCAAGUGGACCUAAAGAGAUGGAGGGAUACUAGUUUGUGUCCGACCCCUGGUUUCUGCUUUCCAUCACUUGGCUUUGGAGUAACAGAGGAACUGCGCAGGAGAACUGUCCUAUAGGACAGACCGCUGUCAUUAAGCUGGUUGAACAAAACUGAUGCCAAAGCCAGGACUCAGCUAUGAUGUUUUCAUAACCUCAUGAUCAGCACAGAGAUGGUGAGGAAGAAGAAUCCCCCUAUCCGGAGUGUAGGAGGUGAAGAGGAGGAGGAAGAAGAAGAGGGGAGGAAGCCGACAGGAGAGGAAGAAGAUGAAGGAGAUGAGGAGGAGAGAGUGGCAGCGGAAGCAGAUCGAAUAAACCGACCCUCCGAACCAGAGUCGUCUGAACGGAUCAGAGGAAACGACGAGCAGCAGCAGGAGGAGGAGGAGGAGGAUGAGGCAGGGAGCGAGUGCAUCUCCUCCGUCGGGGAGCUCUAUGUUAACGAGGAGCGAAGGGGGAGGACCGCAGGCGGAGGGGCGAGGGGAAUACAAGUAUUAACGGCACAGGGUGAGAGACCUGAGAGCCAGUCGGAAGCCGAGGACAGGGAGAGGGGAGUGGAAGUGGGGGAGACUGACCACCUCACUCCUCCUCUCCCCUCAGCACCUCGGCUCCUUUCCAGGCAGGAAGGGAGGGAGGAGACGGCAGAUGACACCCCACCUCUGUCGUCCAGCCCUUCUCCCAAACUCCAGGACUUCAAGUGCAAUGUGUGUGGUUACGGCUACUACGGCAACGACCCCGCUGACCUGGUGAAGCACUUUAGGAAGUAUCACCUGGGUCUGCACAAUCGCACACGACAGGAUGCUGCACUCGACACCCAGAUCCUGGCCCUCCACAACAUGGCCCCCCAACAUACAAACCUCGAUUUACAAACAGGACAGGGACCGAGAAGUCAAACCAAAGAAUUGGCAAAAACAAGAGGAGAUGUUCAGAAUCAGCAUCAGAGGACAGUUAUGAUGAACGGAACGUACGACGUACAGGUGACGUUGGGCGGCACCUUAAUCGGGAUUGGCCGCAAGACGUCUGACUGCCAGGGGAACACUAAGUACUUCCGCUGCAAAUUCUGCAACUUUACGUACAUGGGCAGCAAUUCCUUGGAACUUGAACAACACUUUUUGUCCUUGCAUCCUAACAAAGUCAAAUCUCCCUCAACCACACCCCUACUGGCCGUCAAUAACCUGCCGACGCACGACGGCCAGCUGAAAGGGAGGGGUGUGAUGUGCGAAGCCGCCGAGCGAGUGGCGGUGCGAGCCGAAGACGACUCUGUGGUCGGGUACUUCAUCCCGGUUAGGGAGGGUUCUGACUCCUCGGGCUGGACGGGGGAGGCUGGUCGAGGAGCUGUGCAGGCGUGUUAUUGGUGUAAACUCUGCAGCUGGAAUUGCGAGUGGUCGGAGGGUUCAGCAAAGCUUUUAGAGCACUAUGAACAAAGGCAUAGAGCUGGUGGUGGUGCUAUAAGCCCUAAUAGUACUUGUCUUGCUGGGGUGGACAAAGAAAGGGACCGAGGAGGAAGAGGAGACAGAGGACAGCAUGAUCACAUGGCGUCCAAAAGCUGCAAAGAUCACUUCACCGCCAGCCAAGGAGACCCAAAAAGCAGCGAUUCAGAAGCUGUCGUGACCAGCUAUAACUGUCAGUUGUGCGACUUCCGUUACUCGAUGGCCCACAGUGCGGACGUGAUCAUCGUAGCUCCGCUGCUACUGCACUACCAGCACAACCACUCCAUCCACCGCUGUUGCAUUCAGCACUGCAUGUAUUGUCCUCAGGGGCUCUGCCAGCCCCAGAAACACCUGGGAGAGGUUUCCCACCCGUUUGCUUGUCGGAAGCCAACCUGUCCUAAAUGCUGUUCAAAGUUUCCUCCGCCCAUCAAGCAGCAGGACGCCAUCGGUUCAAAACCCGCGGCUGCCACCUCACCCAGCGUGACCCCUUCUAACCCGAGAGGUGACCCCAGUGUGAUUUCUAGUUCCACCUUUUACCCUUCUAACCCUGCACAUCCUGUUGUUGCACAAGGUGUCACUCACUUGUGCGACCAGUGUGCGUUUGCCACCACCGACAUCGACGUGUUGCUGCAACACUACGAGAGCUGUCACAACCUGAUCAACCUAAAGGGGGCACCUCCGCAGGUUAAGGCCGAGGAGGAGGCCGGCGGAGACAAGGAGGGAGGAAAAGGAGGAGCAGCAGAGAGUGAGCACACCUGUACGAAGUGUAACUUUGUCACACAAGUGGAAGAGGAGCUUUUUAGACACUACAGGCGUGUUCACGCAUGUUGCCGCUGCCGACACUGCGACUUCACGGCUCCUGAUUCGUCGGCCCUCCUCGACCAUUUUAAUUCUGCUCACUGUCAAGACUCCUCUCCCUCAUUAGGCUCCUUGCCCACCUCAAUGACACCUUCUCUGGCGCUCUCGGCCAAUGGCUGCUCAGCUCCCUCCACUUUAGCCAUAAAAGAGGAGAGCAAGGGGGAUCUGCGCCUCCUCUACUCUCUAGCGCCUCCUGAGGGACGACUGGCGGAGGGAGUUAGGGAGGAGGCCGGCGGUGUGGUCAAAAGCGAGGGAGCGGAAGAGAAAGAAAGAGAACGGGAGAAGGGUUGGGUUCUCGGGGAGACAAGAGGGCCAGGAGAAAGAGGAGGUGAGCAGGCCCACGGAUUACUCUGGGUACCCAAGGAGCGAAUGGGGCCCGAUAGAGUAACGGAAAGAGGAGCAGGAGGUGGGAGUCCCUCUCUUUUCUCCCCUCCACUCUCCCUCUCUUUCGUUUCAGCCAAUCAUGAGGGCUCGCAGCAGAAGAGAGGGGUGGCUUUACCUGGCAUGGUUUACCUGGGAGACACCAAGUCAUUUUUGGGAGAUACCAAGUCGUUUUUGGGAGGAGGGAGACCAGCAGGAGGUCCUGCGAGUGGAGGAGGAGGAGGAGGGGAGAAGCAGAGCCAGAUACCGCCACAGCCAUAUCCAGGUGGAGGAGGUGGGAGUGGAGGUGCAGGAGCACAGGAGGGGAAAGGAGGAGCCACAAAAGAAGAGUCCCAGUCUCUGCUAAGACGACGCAGAGGUAGCGGGGUUUUCUGUGCAAACUGCCUGACCACCAAGACGUCGCUGUGGAGGAAAAACGCUAAUGGAGGCUACGUCUGCAACGCAUGCGGUUUAUACCAAAAACUGCACUCGACUCCCAGGCCCCUGAACAUCAUCAAACAGAACAAUGGCGAGCAAAUCAUCCGACGGCGAACCCGAAAACGCCUUAAUCCCGAUACGUUGUCAUCUGAGAACCCGGCUCCAAAACAGCAGCGAAUCACCAGCGAGGAACGCCUGAAUGGGGAGGAGUCGGACAACAGGAGCUGCCCGUCGGUGAAAAGCCAGCAGCCUUCCCCGCGCUCACGUUCCCCGAGAUCCACUCAAGCCUUCUUAGCCAAUCAGACGCUGGAGAUCCACAGGCGCAUGCCUCCGCUCCUACUCCCCUCUCUCCCCGCCACACCCAUGGUGUCGGAGAGCAACGGCGCCAUCGCAGAUGUGGGAUUACCGUCAAAACUAGAAGUGGGGAAAGGAGGAGGAUCAGAGAGAGGCAGUCCAAUUGAAAAGUACAUGCGUCCAUCUAAGCCCUCUAGUUACUCGCCUCCAGGUUCACCGAUUGAAAAAUAUCAAUAUCCGCUUUUCCAAUUACCUCUUCCGUUGACCCUGUCGCCUGAUUUGACACCUGAAUCUGAUUGGCUCAGAUUCUGGACCAAGUAUAAGAUGGCAGCCACCUCUGGGGUCCCAGGCAGUAUCAGUAAUCUGAGCAGCCCCGGUGGGCUUGGAAACAACGCUCACCAACUCGCAACCAUGGUGGCCCCGGUACAGUACCACCAGCAAAGCUACACGGUGCCUUACUGUGCUUCCCCUUACUCCCCUCUCCCACCUCCUCCUGUCCCCACUCACUACCCACCACCACCUCCUCCUCCUCCCCACAGCCAAACCUCCUCCUCCUCGGCGUCACCGGAGGACGACGCUCCUUUGGAUCUCGCAAUAAAACGAGAGCCAAGCACGGCAAACGUGCACGUGUCAAAUGGCUCCGAGAGAAAACGGCAGGAGUCACCCCGGAGCGAGACGUCGACGGGGAACUGGAGAGGCGAGAAGGAGGGCGAAGAGACGGCGGAGGAAGGAGGCGUUGCGUCGAACUCCUCAAAGGUAGACGUGGCCACGCAGGACGACGUCGCCAACCGCUGCACUCACUGUGGCAUCUACUUCCUGGACGAAGUCAUGUACGCCCUGCACAUGAGCUGCCACGGCGACAAGGAGCCAUUCCAGUGUGGGUUUUGCUUCCACGUGUGCGCAGACCGCUACGACUUCACCACGCACAUACAAAGGGGCUUACACAAAACGCCGCCACUGCCAGAGCAGCAGCAGAAGGAUCGCGCCCCAGACGUUGAAAAUCCGCCCGCAGCAGCAGCAGCAACCGAGUGUCGAAACCUGACAGCCGGGCGGAAGGAUGGAGGGAGCAUAAGCAACGACGAUGAAGUCAUGAGGAUAGAUCAUGACGACCAAAAAAAGGAAGAUACAGACAGCGAGAGUAUACAAGAGCCCGAAAAAGAGCAAGAAAAAAGUAAGGAGCCAUGCGGGACAAUACUGUCGGAUGAGCAAAGACCCGCAGAGUUCACAACCGCGGCAGAGACUGAGGAACUAGACGGGCUCGCCGAUGGCAAUUAGACGUCUCACACAAAACUUUAAUAAUGUGUUAUUGGAGUAUUAUGCUCUAUGUUCCUGGAGGUUUGCUCAUUUCCUAAUGGGUGUACCUGAGAAAGCACUCCCACUGUCAAAGGCUGAGAAAACGAUCGGACCCAGGUGAACUAGAGCCGGGGCUGUAGGGAGAAACAGCCGGGAUCCCUCGCAGAGUUACGGCUCACCUGACAGCUUUUGUGGCGGGGAGUCAACAGGGUGCUGGCAUCCAGCUGAAAUCGCCUUUCAGAAACAGCCGAUCUGUGUGGCGUUCAUAUCGGAGAAGCUGGAGGGUGGAUUAACAUAGUCAUUGAACAUCGAGAGAAGAAGUAUAACACUUGAACUUUGCUGCAUGGAUUUCAUCCGCCACAUUUACCAUUUUUAUUUCAGCACAACCAGAUCUGAUCUGGUUAGAACUUCUGCACCCUUGACCAGAAAAUGUCUUUUUUUUUUUUUUUUCUUCCUCUCAAAUGAAUCAAAAACCAAAAAAAAAACAACAACAAAAAAAUGACAAAUAAAAAAACACUUUUGUUUUGAGUAUUUUCAAACUUUUGCUUGAAACCAACUAGGGUUCGUUUGCAGUCACGUUGGUACGAAAUUGACCGGUUUCUUUCACUUUAUCCCAUGCUGUUUCUCAAACUGAUCCUGGAUCAAUGCAAAAUCUACAUGGUGGCUAAAGACUAGGCCUAACCCUCGCUGAAACUGCUUGAAUCCAGGUCAAACUGAUAAAACUGGUUUCAAACUCUUCCUCCGUUUGGAUGGGGGGGGGGAUAAAACUAAAUGACUAUUUUUUACCUUCCUCUGUGCCAUGAUACUAGCUAUGUGCCUGGCUGCCUGCCUAAAUAGAACAAACAUUUAUUAACCUGCUUGACAUUUAUAUUAAGGAUAUAAAUAAUAAUAAUGGUAAUAAUAAGAAAAACCAUGAUGGCGUAAUUAAAUGAAAAUGCAAUUUGCUACAUUUUCUUAUUUGUUGUUUUGUAAAGAUAAAAAAAAAUGCUUUUUAAAGGAAAUGGUACUAUAGAAAUUAGUCUAUUCUAGUUCUUUUUCUCUUGUUUUUGUGUCUUUAAUGCGAUUUGUUAUAUCGAUAAAAGCCGUCUAACAAAACAAAAUGGUACAACAGUGGAGCAGGUCGUGUGUGCACGUGUGCAUUUGUGUUAUUGCCUCUACAGUGUGUGUAUGUGUGAGGAUCGAAGAGUUUUUUUUUUUUCUUCUUUCUGUUGUUGUCCGUCCCUAAACAAUGAUGUAAACAUAAUGAAUGCAAACGCUCAGUUUCUCAGUCCUCAGGGGUCACACGUGCACACCAACCUGCCGUCAUCACAGCAUGUGACACAUCAUUUGUACACGUCAAAGGGCCUGUUGGAAAAGUGUUACGUCUGGCAUGUUACGUCUUGUUUUCUUUUGUCCUUCCUAUAUAUGUUCCUAUUGUUUCUUUUAUCUGGCAAUAGGCCAAAGGGUUGUUUCCCCCCACCUUCCCCCCUGUUUGUAACUUUUAGUUUGUCUGCAUGUGUUUAAGUUACAAAUUGUGUUAGAGAGACUUUGGGAGCAAAGCCCAACAUUUUAUCAAAAAUGAUCAACUGUUUGGGUUAACAGUAUAAACUAGUCUUAAGAGAUUCUUGCCUACAGUGUUUUAUGUCUUAUUGCUCAGAAUUAUGUAAGUUACCUUUAUGUAGCAUGCUAGCAUCUUCAUAACUCUGAAACAUCUGUUGCCUUGAUUAUAAAAUUAUUUUUUACCAUAAAUAAUACAGAAAACCUUGAUAGGAAAAGAAGUAUAAUUAACUUUUUAUUUCAAAUCCUGAAGUUUAGAAAAAGUUCUCAAUUUUAUGUUCUGUUUUUUUUUUUUUUUUUUUUCUGAGUCCCCCACAAGCCGUUUAAAGACAUUUUGGGUAUCUUGCCUGUUUUCAAAACAGAGACUUCUUCAGCCUCGCUGCCUUAGAUGCUUGAAAACAAAAGAAAAGAGACUCUUUUGCUGGAUAUCAAGAUAAGGAACAAGAUAAGAAUGAGGAGAUAAAUAUUUUUUUAGAUUUAUCCAAAACAUGUAAAAGAAAAAAAAAUCCACUCAGUGCCUGCAAACCCAUGCUUAUUUUAAAAGACAAUGAUAUUUUGGUUUUCUCAGUAAAUGCCACGGGCCGGUGUUUGAUUUCCGGUUAUAAUAUAGGGUUAAGUGACCUUUUGUGUCAUGACUUUCCCACUGUUUCCACAGUUUUCUCCAGUUAUAUGAAUAUAAAGUAGCACGAUGCUUCCCCCACCAGUUUUUCUGAGCUGUCAUUCAGCUGGUUACAGGUGCAUCUCAAUAAACUAGAAUUUUAAAGGGGUAAUUUAUUUCAGCAAAUUAACUCAAAAUGUAGAACUCAACCACAGAGUGGCAUAUUUCAGACGUCAUUGAUGGAAGUCACGCUAAAUUUCGUGUUCUACAAAAAUUAUAAUGUUUUGAGACCAAAAAGAAAAGUGAUUUUUAAUGCCAAACGUUAUGUUGUGACGUAAUGUCCUUCACAAACGAGUGUAAAACUGCUGACGCGACAGAACCAGGUACACGUUGACAUCCUCACCAGGGAGCGCAAGCUGCAAAAUGACAUCGCUAAACAACUGAGCGGUUCACAGAGCAUUUAAGUAUUUUACCUGAAAGUUGGGGGGAAGGAAAACCUGCGAGCGAUAAAGGUGCACAAGCAAAAUGUAUGAUUGAGUCAGAAACUCUGGCAAACUUUUCCCCUCAUUUAAAAAAGCUUAAAAGCUUAUUUAAAAAGUACAUUUCUGUGGUUGUAAAAUACAUAGAACGUCACGGCUCAUCUACCCUACGAGACGCAGCAGUCAGCCUCUUCUACGAUAGUGUUGUUUUGAAACAAAUAUUUGCAAUAAACUAAUUGGCUUAGCAUCUUUGUCCAUCAGCUGUGUUAUAGAUUUAACUAGUCAAAUAUUUAAUUUACUGGCAAAGUAGUGGUGCCUUUUUCCUUCCACAUAAGUUACAAUUGGUACUGGAGAUCCAAAUAAACAACUGUGUAGAAAAAAAAAAAGAAAAGCCAAAAAAGCCUUCUGGUCAUCUGGUAUUUUAUCCUGAAACUGAGAAUAAAUUUCAUUAUAAAACUCACAUGACAUUAAGACAUCAGUUUUUAUGAGGUAGCAGAAAACUGAAUUUGUAAUAUUUUUACUGAAGGUUAUCCAAUCAAUAGAAUUUCAUACUGGCCUGUGCCUACCCUUUAAGAAUAUAAGUAAUGUGUAAGAAGACGUAAUUUAUACAAACACAUUAUCGAUAUUAGUUAUCAUGCAAUACGUUUUUUUUUAUUCCUUAAUUACAACGAUUUUACUAAGUGUCAAACCUAUCAUUCUCUACAGAAGAAACCAUGUGUCUGAUUGACGUAUUAACAAACUCAUUGGUCUAUUUAUCAUGUAUGUACACUACCGUCUAGAAAUUAUGAGCCAUAUGUAUAUUAGAGAACAGAUUGCCAGUGUUUUGAGCUUCAAUCAUGACAUUACAUAUUGUGUGAUAUUAUUUGUUUAACAACAAAUAAUAAUUUGACAAUGUAUAGUACCUCCAAUGAAACUGGCUUGAAAUUGUGAUCAACAUAGAAUUUUACGUUGAAACUGAAAGUAUAUUUGCCAUAGAAUAUUUUCAGUGAACUAUAUAAUUUUGACAAGUAAAAUGUCAUAACAUUUUGGGACAAGGAAGAAUAAAAAUAAUGUGGCUAACAAUUAAAAAAAAUCGACCAUUGCAUUCAGUAGAUUUUACUAUUCAUUACACGAUAGGUAGAUUAGAUUAAACCAUUGCUAAUAAACCAGCUUUGUAUUUUUCAAAUAAAAAAUUCCAAAAUAGAGCUGCAAGCUGUUGGUGCAAUAUUAUUACGGAGAGAGUUGAAGUCUGGGUUAGGGAGUCGGCCAUUUUUUAUCCUAUCGCCCAUAUCACAAGUGAAGGUGCGUUAUCUCAUUUUACUACAUCAUUUAAAAUUACUUUUAAUCUAAAUUAUACCCAAAAUGCAAUGUUUGGGUAUGUUCAGCAAACUUAUAUUCUUCAGACUUCUUCAAACUUAAUUGCCAUUAUUAUAGGCGAUAUGUUGUCUUACUUUUUUAUGAUCUUUAAAUUAAGUCUUUGGAUCUGUUAAGGGGCUUCUAGUACGCAAAGAAUGUUUACAUCUGUAUUUGUAGCAAAACAAAACAAACAAUGCACUGUUUUUUAAGACGAAACAAAGGAAUGGAUGGAGGGAUGCUGGCUGAGAUGGAAGGAUAUGGGCAUUUGAAGAAUUUGUGGGAGAAAAUGAGACUUACAGGAGCUGAUGAAAAUGUUUUCUUUGGUUUGUACUUUAACUGUAUGUCAGCAUCAAAUCUAUCGAUUCCAUGUAUUGAUUUGAAUGUAGGUGUCACUGCACCUCAGUCCCCUGCUUAUCGUCCUUUCUAUAACCUUCCUUUUCUCAGCAUCCUGUGCUUUCACUGAUGCACGGAGCAUUGUGAACAAGUUUUUCAAGGUUUUGAAUCAGAGACUUAGAGGCUGUGUUCAAAAGGUUCACUCAUUUACUGACUGACUCCUGCUUAGUUUAUGGUUGUUUGUACCAGACUUUUCUGGGUACAAAAUGGAGCAGUUUCUUCCUGACCAGAUGUCAGUUUGUAUUCCCUGACAUACAUUUUAUAUCUGCAUUGACAGACAGGCUCUUUAUCAAUAGAUUACACAAACAUUUUGUAAAUUUUCUGCUUAUCUCUUAAAAUGGAAUGAUUUAUUAACUUAUUGUGUGAAUAUUUAUCUCCAUAAGUCAACAAAGUGACCAACUCCCCCAUUUAUUGCUUGCUGACAGCAUUUUGAAAUUGUUCAACUUCAUAUUUCGGUUCAUGUCAUCCUCUUUUCAUGGUGAUGAGACAGAGCAUUUAAAGUUUAGAAAUCUGGGAAAUUUCCUGUGGAAGUUCAACAAGUCUGAACACCACAGUAAACAGCUGUAGGUGUUAGCAUUGAGCCGACUGUUAUAGUUAGAAGCUAGCAUUAGUAUUGAACUAACAUCACAACUGCUAGCAUGCUGAGAUUAAUCUUGAACCAUUUGUGCUAACAUGCUAAUAUUAGUGCCGAAACACCUACUAGCAUAUCAGGCUAGCAUUAGCGUUGACACAACCAUUGGUGUUAGCAUACUAACAAUAACGUUGGCAUAACUGUUAGCACGGUAACAAUAAAGCUGCAGCAAAGAUCCUGUAUUUGGGAAUCGGAUCUUGCAUGAAGGACCUAAUAGUCGCCAUAUAUGAAGCGUUAGAUCUACUGUUUGUCACGCGGCUCCCUAUAAACGUCUAUUUUUACUAAAUGUACUCUUCUUUUACUGUCGAGCGAAAAAUCUACUUUGCUUGAUAGUGUGCUCUGUAAGUAAAAGAGUGGACAAUUUGAACACAGAAAUGGCAAGUUAUCAGUUUACAUGCUCACCUAUCUAGCUAAUUUAAGCUUUGUGUGGAUGACCUGAAUAGGGCUCUUAUUGUUUCAAAGGUAAUUGCUGGAUUUUGUUGUACAUUUCAAGAAUGGUUCAUAUCAAGGGGACUGACAUUAACCAGAUACAGCAUACAUUCUUACCUGUAAGAUUGUCUAAUAUAUUUCAUGGGCUUCUUAAAAACUAUUCUGUGAAAAAAGGGGUGAAUUAAUUUUACUGUUUUUUGCAAAUUCUGGUUUGAAAUGUCAUUUGGGUGAAAAAGAGGGGUUUCUAUGUGGGCUGAGGGCAAAUAAGAAUUUCUAUGCCAAGAUGUUUCAGUGUCUUACUUUUUGAAGGAAAAGCUUUUCUCUGUUACCGAGUUGAAAGCAAAAAAGAACAGCCUUGAUAGCAAAAACCUUGUUCUUUUGAGUUCUUAAAUGCCCUGCAGAGCUUGUCCCACCUGACAAUACGCUUUUGUUCUUUUACCAGCUUUUUGACAAUGUCGCACCCAUUUAAGGAAACUGUACUAAAGUAUAAAGAGACACUUGUUUCUUUAUGAAUCUUGGGAUUUUCACUUUUAGAUCAUGGUAACGAUUAUGCAAUUAUGCUAAAAAAAAAGAAUUUUAGGGUCUGGCGUAUACAUAGCCUUGUUUUACUUCAGUGAUGAUUGUAUGUCUAUAGGUUUGAUGGCAUUUCAAAUCAGCGUUUACAUUGGGAGGCCUUAUCACAUGUUUUGUCUUUGUUAGAAUGUGUCCUAGGAAUUGAUGCUGUUACUUGCACUCCAUUUAUUAUGUUCUUGUUGCCAAGGAAGGGACAAUACACACACACACACACACACACAUACACACAUAGGUACAUAGUGAGUGUAGAUUUUGGGGUGAACAGUGUUAACCAAGGCUAGUAGAAAACUGGCUUUAAUACAUACACUCAUACACACAGUACGUUUUUAUGUUUAAUCAGUAUAUACUAGUAGGAGUUUGUCUCUUCUUCUGUUGAAUGGCUUUUGUAGGGAAGAUGAUUUGUUUAUGUUUAGGUUAUGUUCUCUCUCAUGUUGUAUUUUAUUCUGCUACCUUUCUGUACGCUAUUGUUUUUAGUUUUGUUUCAUGCAAAAAUGAUAUUUCAGCAACAUAUUUUGACAGCCAAGAAAAGUUUGUUACACAGCUAAACUUGAAGAAUAGUGAUGACGAUGAUGAUAAUAAUAAAUAAUAAAACUUAUAACAAACAUUCUCAAAAA